AUGGCAGUGGACAGCAGUCUGCUGACGGGUCUGCUGUACAACCGACCCGAAGACCCCGUCAGCUUCCUGAAGCGCUGCCUGACCAGAACCACUGAGCUGGGGGGGGCCGGGGCCGUCACCUGGGACACCUUUAUCCACCUGCUGGGCCCCGGACCCCCAGAAACCACAUCAACACCCCUAAAAACAGCAUCUAUACCCCCCAGAACCACCAUAACCCCACCUGCACGUCCAAUAAACCCCCCCCAUACCCCAAACAACACCUGUUCCCCAAGGAAAACCCCCCAUACCCCAAACAACACCUGUACAUCAGGUAAAACCCCCCAUACCCCAAACAACACCUGUACCUCAGGUAAAACCCCUGAUGCCCCAAACAACACCUGUACCUCAGGAGCCCCAUCAGCUAAAGGCUGCCCCUCCAUGAACCUCAGAGCCUCUGUCCCACCUGUCCUGCCCCCCCAGGUGUUUUCAGGCAGAAGUGAAACCCCACCAGGACCCAAAACAGCUCCUGAACCCCUCCCAGUCCCUCCUCUGGUCCGCUCUCGGCUCUCCAUAGACUCGGACUCGGACAUGACGGAGAGUGUUGGACUCCUGCAGGAAGUGAGCAUGCCACCCCUCAUCGUCUUCAUCAUCGGCGGUCCAGGAAGCGGGAAGGGAAGCCAGGCGGCGAGGCUCGCUCAGCGCUUCAGAUUCAGAGUCCUCUCAUUGGACGAGCUGCUGAGGAGGCAGCUGCUGAGCCACGCCUCCCCCGGCAGGAAGUGGGAGGUGAUAUCAGAGAUGAUGGGCCACGGAGAACUGGGCCUGCAGGAGGAUACCAUCUCAGAACUGAGGCGCCAGAUGAUUGGUCAGUCCGAGGUCAGAGGGUUCAUCGUGGAUGGAUUCCCAAGAGACGUCCACCAGGCCCUCAGCUUCCAGGAGCAGAUUGGCUCUCCUGACCUGGUGCUGCUGCUGCUCUGCUCCAAUCAGACACUCCACUGCCGUCUGCAGCAACGAGCCGUGCAGCUCGGCCUUCUGGGAGAUAACAGCACCGCCCUGAGGAGACGCCUGGACUCCUUCCACAGAGACAUCACCUCCGUCAGCAGAUACUACAACCAGCUACACCUGCUGACACAGGUGGAUGCAGACAGGCUGGAGGAGGCGGUGUUUUCUGAUCUGAGUGCAGCGGUCAGAGAGAAGCUGCUGAAGGACUCCUCAGAUCCUUCUGAUUUCCCAGCAUGCAUCAGUGCGGCCCGCCCUCACAUGAGAUCCUUGGAGCAAUGACAGACAAUGGAUGAUGUUA